AUGAAAAUCCAAAGCUGCUGCUUCUUCUUCUUUCUCUUCUUAUUCACCAAUACUAUUUCAUUAUCAUCAACAACAAACACACUUCAACAAGGCUCAUCUCUUUCAGUUGAGAAACCAAAUGACACCCUCGUUUCAUCCAACCGCGAUUUCUCCGCGGGUUUCUUCCCGGUCGGAGACAACGCUUUCUGUUUCUCCGUCUACUUCACAAAAUCCAAACAACCGUUGGUUGUUUGGAUGGCCAACCGAGACCAACCCGUAAACGGAAAAUACUCAAAACUCUCACUUUCUAAAUACGGUAACCUCAUUUUAACCGAUGCAAAAAGAAAAAAAUCACCCUGGUCUAUUUCAAAUACUUCUCCUUUUCCUUUACAGUUAAAGCUUCGAAACAACGGUAACCUUGUCCUCGAAACGGUUAACAGCAACGUUACUGUCAUUUGGCAAAGUUUUGAUUCUCCAACGGAUACACUUUUACUUGGCCAACAAGUUACAGAACAGGCAAGCUUAAUUUCAUCCAAAAGCGAAAAAAACUAUUCCACAGGCUUCUAUAAACUAUAUUUCGACAACGACAACGCUCUUCGUCUUCUUUUCAAAGGUCCUUUGUUAUCUAGCGUCUACUGGCCAGCACCUUGGCAAUUACCAAUUGAUGCAGGAAGAUCAACCUAUAAUGUUUCUAAAACCGCGCAACUCGAUUCUUUAGGUCAUUUUAUAUCCUCUGAUGCAUUCGAAUUUUUCACGAGUGAUUAUCCUAAAAGAGUUCGGAGAUUACUCAAAAUGGACCAUGAUGGUAACUUCCGUGCUUACAGCUUCAAUGAGAAAACUAAGACAUGGGAAGUAUCAUGGCAAGCUUUUCCUGAACCGUGUUCGGUUCACGGUCUUUGCGGAGAAAAUGGCAUCUGUACUUAUCAUCCUGUUAAUGGAAGAACAUGUUAUUGUUUAAAAGGUUACAAGUUGAAGAAUGGUAAUGAUUGGAGACAAGGGUGUGAGCCUGAGUUUAAACCUUCUGAUCUUUCUUGUAAUCACGGUGAGUCUUUCGGUUUUCUUCAUCUUCAAAACAUGGAAUUGUAUGGCUAUGAUCUGAAAGUAGUAAAAGUUACAAGCGUGAAGCAAUGUCAACAAGUAUGUUUGGAUCUUUGUGAGAAAUGCAAAGGUGUUCAAUUCAAAUUCAACCGCGAUUCUACUUAUGAUUGUUUUCCUAAAUCAUUGUUGGUCAAUGGAAGAGAUUCUCAUAAUAUUGAUGGAGAUGUUUAUCUGAAAUUGCCAAGAGUUACUUUGUUAGAUUCAACUAUGCCAGUUAAACAUACACCUAUGAAGUGUUCCAUUGAAAAUUCGUCGCAAACCUUGAAUAGAUUCUAUGAGAAACCAAGUAAAAACUCAACUUUGAGUUUCUUAACUUGGGUUGCAUAUGGAAUAGGAGUGUUUGAAAUCUCCAUAGUUUUCUUUGUUUGGUUCUUUUUGUUUAGAACCAAUAAGAAUCAUGGUGAUAAUGUUGAUCAAAUACAAAGACACCUUCUAUCCGCGACAGGUUUUCAAAGAUUUUCCUACUCAGAACUAAAAAUCGCGACCGAGGGUUUCACUAAAGAGAUCGGUCGAGGAGGAGGAGGGGUUGUUUACAAAGCUAUACUCGAUGAUGAUCGUGUUGCAGCUGUUAAACAAUUAAAUGUAGCGGAUCAAGGAGAAGCCGAGUUUCUAGCCGAGAUAAGCACUAUUGGUAUGUUGAACCACAUGAACUUGAUUGAUAUGUGGGGAUAUUGUGUCGAAGGGAAGCAUAGGAUUUUGGUUUAUGAGUUCAUGGAACAUGGUUCUUUAGCAGAAAAGCUUUCUUCCAAUUCACUUGAUUGGAACAAAAGGUUCAAUGUAGCUCUUGGAACAGCUAAAGGCUUGGCCUAUUUACAUGAAGAGUGUUUAGAAUGGGUUUUACAUUGUGAUGUGAAGCCUCAAAAUAUUCUACUAGACACAAAUUUUCAACCAAAAGUAGCUGAUUUCGGUUUAUCAAAGCUUUUGAAUAGAGAUGAACGUGUUAGUUCAGCUUUUUCAAGGAUUAGAGGGACAAGAGGCUAUAUGGCACCAGAAUGGGUUUAUAAUCUUAGAAUCACUUCUAAGGUUGAUGUUUAUAGUUAUGGGAUUGUGUUGCUUGAAAUGGUGAGUGGAAAAAGUCCAAUGGAAAUCCAUAGUCUUGAUAAUAGUGGAGGUAUAGAGCAUCAAAGAAUGGUGAGCUGGUUUAUGGAUAAAGUGAAAAAUGCACCUACGACUAUGGUUUGGAUUGAGGAGAUUGUUGAUGGGAAUUUGGAAGGGAAAUAUGAUGUUAAUCAAGUUGAGAAUUUGGUUAGAGUUGCUUUGAAGUGUGUGAAAGAUGACAUGAAUGAGAGACCAUCUAUGAGUCAAGUUGUUGAGAUGCUUCUUCAGUCACACGAAAAAGUUAGAGGACAACCUCGUUAG